UAUAAGUAGGAGACGAAGCAUCCUCUGCAAAAACAAAACAGAGAGUGAGAGAUAGACCAACGGUGGUUUCUUCGCCGGAGCCCAUUUUCCACGGCGAAUCAUGCAGAAGCGGAGAGCGGCGAGGGACUCUUCGAAGGUAACUCCGAGAAAUGGAAAGACUUUGGAUUCCGGCGAGAAGAAGAGACCUGAGAGGAGGCUGAUGAAGUUCGAGGAGUUACCAAAGUAUCUCAAAGACAACGAGUUCAUACACAGUCAUUACCGGUGCGAGUGGUCUCUCAAGGAGACUCUCCUCAGCGCCUUCUCUUGGCACAAUGAGACUCUCAACAUCUGGACGCACUUGGGUGGGUUUCUGAUAUUCGGUUGGAUGAUGGUGGUGAGUUCCAUGGAAACCACGGAGGUUGGCCUGACCGGUUUCGUGAGAGUCUUCUCCGGGAAGACAAUUCGCUGGCCGUGGCCGUCAAUGGGAUUCUCAAAAGAUGUUUACUUCUCCAGCUAUCAAACUCUGUAUCAUGAUUCCAACCUGACACACACUACUAGCUCGUUCUCGAACUAUCAAGGAGAAGAAGUCAACAACGAAACAAUCCCAAAAUGGCCAUGGCUCUUGUUCCUAUCCGGGUCAAUGAUCUGCUUGAUGUGCAGCUCCCUGUCACACCUCUUCGCCUGCCACUCAAGAAAAUUCAACCUCUUCUUCUGGCGCCUAGACUACGCAGGAAUCUCCCUCAUGAUCGUCUCCUCCUUCUUCGCGCCUCUCUACUACGCAUUCUCUUGCCACACUCACUGGCGUCUCUUCUACCUCUCCUCCAUCUCCAUCCUCGGCCUCUCGGCCAUCUUCACCCUCCUCUCUCCAUCCCUCUCUGCUCCGCGUUUCAGACCUUUCAGAGCAGCUCUUUUCCUGACGAUGGGGUUCUCUGGCAUCGUACCGGCCUCGCAUCUGCUUUACCUUCACAGGGAUCAUCCCAACGUGCUUGUCGCUCUAGUCUACGAGCUUGCGAUGGCUGUGCUGUACGCAACGGGAGCAGGGUUCUAUGUUAGCCGUAUACCCGAGAGAUGGAAGCCUGGUGCUUUCGAUGUAGCUGGACAUAGCCAUCAGAUAUUCCAUGUGUUUGUAGUCUUGGGAGCUCUUGCUCAUAGUGUUGCCUCUCUUCUUAUCAUGGAUUUUCGACGCGCUUCUCCUUCUUGUGCCUUUUGA